AUGGGCCCGAGCUUGGGCAGCGACUCGGAGAUCGCCUCAAAAGUCAUCGCCGACCGCCUGGCAGAGCUCCCCGAAGACCUGCUACUUCGCAUAUUCGAGAUUGUCGGACAGGCAUCCAAACGCGAUCUGUGCAACGUGUCGCGCCUCAAUCACCAGUACCACGCGAUUGCAGAUUCCAUUCUGUACAAGAUGAUACAGUUCGACCGCCCGGAGCACCAUCUCCGCUUCAGCCAGUCGCUCGGUCGCCGUCCUCGUCGCGGAUCUCUCAUCAUGGGCGUGCGACUCGACUAUCCGGGUGGACAUGGUCGCAAGCUGUCCCAAAUCAACCUCGACGUACCGGUCAUUGUCGAUGAGGUCUCGCAUCUGGAACAUCCCUCAUCUCGCUUCGAUGUCCUAACUCGCAUGAUCUCGACAAUGUCCAACCUGGAAAUGCUGGAGAUCUCUAUGCCGGACUCGCUCCUCCACGGAAUAGGUGGUCUCUUCAAUGGCCCCUUUGACCUGGCCUGCCUGAAGACCUGUACGCUAUUUUACCAGUGCCCAAACGACGCAUACUGGGACCUCAAAGAGAAUAUCCACAUCUUCUCUCACCCAACGCUCGAGUCGCUCAUUAUUCGGAAAGCCAAACUGGACUACAAGGGAUUUGACUUUCUCGAAAAGCCGGAGAAGACGUCCCUCGAAAAGCUCCACCUGAUAGAGUGCGACAUCAGUGACGAUGCUCUGGGUGACAUUCUCGAGUUCCCCGAAGCUCUCAAAGAGUUCGUCAUGACACAUCUGCCCGAGCCCCAUCCUGACUUGGAAGAGAGCUCGGACAACGCUGGUGACUACAUCAUUGCCCUUCAAGGCGCGGCACACUCCCUCGAGACCGUAGUGCUCGACAUACCGACGCUGGGCGGCCGCAGGGCGAUGAGAAUGCGUGAGUUUGCGGCCCUCAAAACGCUGCGUCUCUCGUGGGACUAUCAGUUGAUGGGCAAAACGUCCAAGAAGCCUCGUAUGCAGGGCGUCGGCCUGCCACCCGAGCUAGAGACGCUCGAAUUCUUUUGCGAGUUGGGGACAGACGAAGAGGUGUCGGACCUGUUUUUGAACGCUAUCGAGAAUAAGAAGGUCAUGGCGCGAAACCUCAAGUCGUUGAUUGUGGUUGAGGGAGAAGAUCGACGGAUACCAAAAGAAUUGAUAGAGGCUUGCAAGUCUCAGGACAUCAAGCUGGAUAUAAUUGGCGGUACUUUAGAUGAAGAUUUAGAUUAG